GACAAUAUGGCGGGAACCCACUUUCCAGAAACCCAUAAAGUGUUAAGUCAAAAAAAAAAAAAAAAGAAAGAAAAAUCCCGACGCUUCUGUUAACUUGGGGAAGUAAUAGAACAAAGAAAUUUCGGAAAGAAGAAGAAGUGAAGAAGCCACGAUGCAGGCGAACGAAUUUGAUGGAAACGCGGCCUUUUCCGGCGGCGGAUUCAUGCCUUCUCAGGCCACGCAGACAGCCCCCGAUCGUUCCUCCUUCUCUUCCUCCAAAAAUAGUGAUGCGCGGUGCUUGAUUCCACUUACAGUGAAGCAGUUGAAGGAUCUCUCAAGAGGUGGAGAAUCUGGAAUUUCCAUUGAUGGUGUUGAUGUCAACAAUAUUGUGCUAGUGGGGAUGGUAUCCAAGAUAGACAAUGCUGUUUCAGAUUGUACUUUCAGAGUUGAUGAUGGCACAGGAUGGGUUGAAUGCACCAAAUGGAUACAUGAACCUGUAGACUCAGCUGAAGUUGAUGUGAUCUCGGUUGGAAUGUAUGUUCGUGUCUAUGGCCAGUUAAAAAGCAUCCAAAGUAGAAGGACCUUACACACCUUUUCCAUUCGGCCUCUUACUGAUUUUAAUGAGAUUGUAAACCACUUUGCUGAGUGUAUAUAUGUUCAUCUUUACAACACCAAGUUGCGGGGUGGCGUGACCACUCAGUCUCAGGCGACAAAUUUAGUUGGUGGUAUGACCACUCAGCCUCAGGUGACAAAUUCAAUUGUAAGCAACCCGAUAAUGGGCUACCAAACUAACCUGUCAAACCAGUUCUCUGGCGAGUAUAACACCGAUGAACAACAGAUCUUAGGUGUAAGUUCAAUGGUCUUAAAUUACUUGCGUCGACCAGCAUGCCUUGCAUCUGAGACUGGGGUACGCUCUGAUGUCGUGGCUCGAGAACUAAAUAUUUCGUUGGAUAAAAUCAGGACAACUUUAGAGUAUCUUUCAUCAGAGGGCCUCAUUUACACAACCACUGACGACCAUUACAAAUUUACUGAUGCCUGAUGUACAGAGUAAUGGCAAUCAGCAGGGCCAAAACUUUAGUUACUCGUUAGUAUUUCCCUCUCCUUUUGGUUAUAUAUAUAUAUAUAUAUGAUAGGAGCCUUGUGUGCAUGUUGAUAUUAGAAAAGGUAAUGCUUUUGCAAGGGAAACAUAUUGGUUUAGAAAUUUGGAUUUUUUAUAUUUGUAGAAUUUAGAGUCUGUUCGGGGCGAGAAGCCUCCAACAGUACCUGCCCCUGCUAUUGAACUGACCCUUACUUUGGGAUGUAGAUGAUCUUUGCUUCGAUGAGUUCCGUAGUAAAUCCCU